AUGCUCGGACUACGCGCAACGUUCAAAGAAGAUAUACAGGCAACACCGGCGGAACUAGUUUACGGGAAGAGCUUACGACUACCAGCAGAAUUUUUCACCGAAUCGAAGCCACAUCCCAACGAAGUGGAAUUCAUUGAAGACUUCAGACGUGCAAUGAAUUUGAUCCGGCCGACGCAGACAGCGCAUCACGCAAAAGCACAACCUUUCAUACAAAAAGAACUCCAUCGAUGCACGCAGGUGUUUGUAAGAAACGACGCAGUCGGGCCACCACUACAACAGCCGUACGACGGACCAUUCGCAGUCAUAGAACGUCACCCGAAGUAUUAUACGCUGGACAUCCGAGACAAAGCCAAAAAAAUAUCGAUUGACAGGUUGAAAGUAGCAUUUACCGACGACAACAACACCAUCGACGAGAAUAUAGAACCUCCUUCCUCCGAGAGCAACGAGACUCAGACGAAAACCACAACACGCCUGGGAAGAAAAGUUCGAUUUCCUAGUCGUCUGUGUCUGUAA